AUGCACAGGAGCCAAGUUAAGGUUGAAGAGAAGGAGCUGGACUUUGUCUUUGAGUUGGUGAGUGUGCAAUUUAACCAGACGGGUCAGUACCAGCUGAUUCUGACCGCGGAGAACCCACUCUUGGACAACUCUGGAUCUGGGGUCCGAUUGAGAGUCAACGAUGGGGAGGUUCUCCAAGCCAACUCUAGCUCCACUGGUACCAUCAAGCAGGUUAAUGUGGACAACAUGUAUACCUGCAGCCCUAAGAAGUUUGUCUUCACUCUCCCUAAAGGGUUUUGCAAGAACGACAAAAACCACGACGUGCGUCUGAAAGUGGAAGCCGUUCUACUGUCUGACUCUGGCGCCAAGGAAGCCAGCAAAGCUGGCGAGGGUUUCUUCGCCAUCUACCCACGCACCAAUGCGCCACGCAUCAACUUGUUCGCUGGUCCGGAUGAGGAGCUAUACCAGUACAGCGGCAUCAUGGCACUCCUCAGGGCCCACGACGACCACCUGGCCAUGCACUGCGGCCGCUUACUCUACACAGUGGCCUUCCACGAGACACGGCCCGUCGCUAUAGACAGGAGCAUCGGCCGUCUUCCCCCUCCACCUGCGGCCCAGCCAGGGGAUGAUGGUACGGGAGGGCAGGGGCAGGAGAAGCCUGAUGGUGGGGCUCCUCCAUCAUCCUCAGGCCCCUCUACAUGUCUAGGGCCUCCACUGCCACCAGAGGAGAAUGGAACCAGGGCCCAGGAGGACCCAGAGGACUUUAGACCUUCUCCACCACCAUCUCCACAGACCACAGAAGCCAAGCUGGGGUUGUUCCUCAGGGCUACAGUGAUCGAGUCUCCACGCUGCCGAGGUGGCAUUGCCAGCUCUCUCCCCCUGCCGUGUGGUCACGUGUCCCGUCCCGGUGAGCUGGUGGCCUGCGUCAUCGUGCACGGGGCCACCAGCUUACCGCCCCUCAGAGACGGAGGCGUCCCGCAGCCUUUCGCCUCACUGGCAACCGGAUCGUCGGAGGCCUGUGGGCGUCGGAGCAGAGGGGUGACCGACGGCACUCUGCAGCCCACUCACAGCCCCUCCUGGGAGGAGACACUGGCAGUCGAGCUCCAGGAUGAGCAGGCCCGUGGAGAUGUGCUGGUGCUGAAGGUUGCAGACAGCGGGAGCAGGGAGCUGCUGGCAUACUACCGGCUUCCUGUGGCUCACCUCCGGCCUUUCCAGCACUACCACCUGGAGCUGGUACAGGCUCACCCAGUGGUCCCAUCAGGAGUGCGUCUGUUCGUCAGCGUGGUGCUUAAGAGCAGCAUCCUCCCCAGGCAGCCAUGUUUCUCCUUCACAGCCUUCGAGGUCUUACUGGAGGCCAUGACUGACCCUCUGAAACACCCUGUUGGGCCUUUGCUUGCUGUCGCCCGCAUUGUUGCAGAUUAUGACUUAUACAGAGACACUAUACUGCUCCAUAGCCCAAGCCUGGCAGGCAUUGCUGUGACCUUGAUCCCCUUCCCUGACCCUCCCGAGUCGGCCUUCUCUCUGCUCCCCCUCACCACUCACGGCCGCCCACAGGUGUCCCCGGCAGGCUGUCCUCAGCAGCGGCCUGUGUGGAGGCACAGCUUCCUCUUCCUGGGUCGAGACUGCGCCACAGUGUUUACGCCUGGAGCAGCGCUGGUGCUGGAGCUCUACCCCACCACCACAGGUGAAGCUCUACCCCACUCUACCCCACCACCACAGGUGAAGCUCUACCCCACCACCACAGGUGAAGCUCUACCCCACUCUACCCCACCACCACAGGUGAAGCUCUACCCCACCACCACAGGUGAAGCUCUACCCCACUCUACCCCACCGCUACAGGUGAAGCUCUACGGCAGCCCUGGAUCUUCUCAACAAAAUUCAAAACACUACUUGGCCCCUGAUCAUUCACGAAAUCUUCUGAACAAAAACACUUAGACAACAUGGAACAGUCUGAAACCGAUUGCGUUACUAAGAUACAUAUCU